AAAGCGGCCAAACAGUUAAAAAAAUAAUCGAGGAAAUAUGUUUUUUUACCCAUUGAAUUCUUAGUACAGUCCAAAUGUGACUCCUGCCCGCGGACUGAAUUUGCUUUACUCACCCAUGGCGACUGGGUAGCGCCCUGCUGGCCCCCUGCUGCUAAUUAGCGCACAGGAUCAUUAGCUUCAUUAGUAUUUCACUGUACAGCCAAUCGUGAAGUAUUUGGAGAGACGCAUUUUAUUCAUUGGAAGCGAUACUCAAGAGUUUAAGGCUCAGUGUAGAUGGAAACAUACUGAUGAAAUUUGCUAACGUGUAAUAUUCAUGUUUGAUUUCUUUUCCUUUAUUGAACAGGCAAAAGCAACAACCAUUAAAGAGGCUUUGGCUAAAUGGGAGGAAAGAACAGGGCAAAAGGCAGGGGAGGCAAAGGAGGUGAAACUGUAUGCCCAAAUACCCCCCAUAGAAAAAAUGGAUGCAUCAUUAUCUACCCUUGUUAACUGCGAGAAGCUAUCACUUUCUACCAACUGCAUUGAGAAAAUUGCAAACCUGAAUGGGCUAAAAUUUCUCCGAAUUCUGUCUUUGGGUAGAAACAACAUAAAGAAUUUAAAUGGAUUGGAAGCUGUUGGAGAAACCUUAGAAGAAUUGUGGAUCUCAUACAAUUUGAUAGAGAAGUUGAAAGGAAUUCAUGUAAUGAAAAAGCUCAAAGUACUCUAUAUGUCCAACAAUUUAGUGAAAGAUUGGGCUGAGUUUUCUAAGCUUGGAGAGCUGCCAUUACUAGAAGAUAUGGUAUUUGUGGGAAACCCUCUAGAAGAAAGGCAUACGGCUGAGGGUAACUGGCUGGAGGAGGCAGUUAAACGUCUCCCAAAACUAAAGAAAUUGGACGGCAAUCCUGUCAUUAAGCAAGAGGAAGAAGAAGGAGACGAGUCCUAGCCCUUCUACCUGAAGUUUUACUUUUAAAUUAUUUAAAUGGCUUCUGCCUUUUAGAUGUAUGAGUUUCUAUCCAGCAUAAUUAUCAGAUAAAGUAUUUUACUGUUAACUUAUGUUAUUUUAUGCCAAGCACAUAUUUAUAUUGCACCUUUUGUUACAGUGUGCUACAUCAUGGUUUGUUGCUGUGCUUACCUAGUGGUAUGUUGCAGUGGGCUGUUCCACUAAUCAUCCUUGCAGUUCUGAACCCAAGGCAAUGGAAAUGAUUUCUGAAAACAAUAGACCAAGGCCUGUUUUGUUUUAAUUUAGAAUUUGUUCCCACACCUUUGGGUACAGAGCAGCAGGACUGACAAGUUUCACUUACUACUACAGAUUACCUUAAAUUCAGGGAAAGUAUUGCUUUUUCACAUUUAAAAGGGUCACUUUACCUUCACUAAGCUAACUGGUGUUUAUGGUAUGUUUUUUAAAUCUGAAUUUGUCUCUUCUUCUGCACUAACAAUGACCCCCCUCAUCCUAAACCUCCCCAAACUCACCAUCCGUUCCUGACACGGCCAGUAUUGAAGCUGUGCCUCUGAAUGAAUUAGGUUGGCAAGGGGGCUGUAGGGAGCACAAGAGAAGAGUAGCACCAGGUCGCUAAAUGUAGGCUUUGUCACACCUGCUAAAUCUACGAGUGUCACUGUCCCUAGAAGUCAUGUUUAUAGUAGAGCAGGUGCCCACUGUACAAAUGACAGAGGAUGCAUAUUUAGCAGUAGAACGGUUCAAAGCAACGAAUAUCUGGAAAGUACAUCCCUAUGUGCUGCAGUACCUCUAAUUAAUUGGUUGACUUCAAGCUUCUAUAUUUUAGCAACUGUAAAUAUAUUGUGUUACAGCCUAUCAUUUAUCUCAUCUUUCCAAAGGCGCAUGUAGCUAAAACUUCUAAAUGUUUUUUUUGUUUUUUAAUAAAGGCAAUGAAAUGAUUGAA